CGCCACAGCCCACAGCUCACGAGCAAGUGCUACUAGAGUAUUCCAGUCCAGUGUGGUAUGCUGCAUGCGCUGGUUCGGUGUGGGUGUGGCAUGGAAGUCCAUGCCCCGCCGCUUGCACAUGAUCGAGCAUUAUCCACCCCUAUAAAUCUCGGCCCUAAUUAGGAGUAGUAAUCUGCUGUCCUGCCUGCAGCUAGUAGGAUCCCCAAUCAAUCAAUCCCGAUCGAUGCCGUCGCCGUCGAUAGUGCGCGUGCUGUCGAAGCGGACGGUGGCCCCGCCGCCGCGCCCGCGGGAGCGCAUCCCGCUCACCUGCUGGGACGCUGCCAUGCUCUCAUCCAACUACAUCCAGAAGGGCCUCCUCUUCCACAAGCCCGCCUCCUCGGCGCUGCAAGUCGUCGACCACCUCGCCACGGCCCUCGGCGACGCGCUUCUCCACUACUACCCCGUGGCCGGCCGCUUCGCCACCGAGCAGCACAGGGACGAGCGCACCGGCGCUGUCGUGGGCUGCUCCGUCCACGUCGACUGCGACGGCCAGGGCGUCGAGGUCCUGCACGCGGUGGCCGAAGGGGUGACCAUGGCGGACGUGGCCCCGCCCGACGCCGACGUGCCGCGCGACCUGCUGGCGCAGUUCUUCCCCCUCACGGACGCCCUCAACUACGGCGGCCGCGAGCAGCCGCUGUUCGCCGUCCAGGCCACCGACCUCGCCGACGGCGUCUUCAUCGGCUUCGCCUACAACCACGCGCUCUCCGACGGCACUGCGUUCUGGGACUUUGUCAACUACUGGGCGUCCCUCGCGCGCGCCAGGCUCGGCCUCGCCCCGGCGCCCUCGAUGCCGAAGCCCUCGUUCGAGCGCUGGUCGCCCGACGGCGGCGUGGCAGGGCCGGCCGUGCUGCCAUGCGCCGACGUGUCGGAGCUCAUCGAGCGCGCCACGCCGCUGCGGUUGCGCGAGCGAAUGCUGCACUUCUCCGCGGACUCGCUGGCGGCGCUCAAGGAGCGCGCGCGGGACGAGCUCCUGGCCGCCGGCGACGCGGCCGGCGCCGCCGCGCUGACGCGGUUCCAGGCGCUGUCCUCGCUCCUCUGGCGCUGCAUCACCCGCGCGCGGCGGCUGGCGCCGGAGAAGGAGACCGCGUGCCUCGCGGCCAUCAAUAACCGCGCGCGGCUCCGGCCGCAGCUCCCGCAGGAGUACUUCGGCAACACGAUCUACGCGAUCGGGACCGAGCCGGCGCGCGCAGGGGACCUCCUGGCGCGCGCGCACGGCUGGGCGGCGGCGGCUGUUGGGCGGGCCGUCGCGGCGCACACGGACGCGGCCAUCAGGGCGCGCGUGGCGGAGUGGACGACCAAGCCCAUGGUGUACACGCAUCGCUUCUUCGACACGACGGGGACGAUGAUUGGGAGCUCGCCGCGGUUCGACAUGUACGGCUGCGACUUCGGGUGGGGGAGGCCGCUGGCGGCGCGCAGCGGCAGGGCCAACAAGUUCGACGGCAAGACGUCGUUGUACCCCGGCCGGGAGGGUGGUGGCAGCAUCGACGCGGAGCUCACGCUCAUGCCGGAGAACAUGGUGGCGCUCGAGCAGGACGACGAGUUCUGGGCCGGCGUCACCCCGGACGCGCCGGUGCCGACGCCGCACAAGAAGGCUUGAAUCAUCAUCCAUAUCGCCACUCUGCUCUGCUACCUAUCAAUUUUUACCUGAUUUUAUUUACCAGUCCAUGAUCCUUCCAUGUUUGUUGCCGUUGGCAUAUCUAUCAUAUGAGAUAUCCCUCAAAGAAGAAAUUUUUUUUAUCAUA